AUGAGUUGGAUUAAAGGAAAGCUUUGCUCAAAUAUGUCUUUUGUUGUCGUUUCUGUAAAUGGAACGUCAUUGAGUUGGAUUAAAGGAAAGCCUUGCUCAAAUAUGUCUUUUGUUGUUGUUUCUGUAAAUGGAAAGCCAAUGAGUUGGAUUAAAGGAAAGCCUUGCUCAAAUAUGUCUUUUGAUGUUAUUUCUGUAAAUGGAAAGUCAUUGAGUUGGAUUAAAGCAAAGCCUUCUCAAAUAUGUUUUUUUGUUGUUGUUUCUGUACACUACUUGAUAAUGUCAAAAUCCAUUUUAGUGCAACAUUUAGCUCAGGUGAUACGUGAAAUGAUUAUAUGAAAGGCCCUGAACAAAGUUUUAUAAGAUUGUUAACUUAAUCAUCUAAAUAUACAGUAUCAUGAUUUAAAGAGUUGUUUGAGAAUUUGGGAAAAAUGUUUACUUAAUUUGAUGCUAUUUGAAUUGUGUG